UUCAAAGUCAACGCACACGCUCAUACACGCGCACGCAAACAAACAGACACACACCUUUGCUGGUCCAGUGUGCUGCUGGCUCGGCUUCCCACAGGCACAGUCUCCACACGCCGAGGUUGUCUGUGGUGCACUUGUCAUCACAACAGAGAUGAUUGAAACUUGACCUGGAUUUCCGACUGUGAGGAAUAACCUUCCCCGCAGGAGGCUUCACAUCUCGAGCUGCCAGGAUCCCUCCCGUGCCAACACAGAGAGGAGGGUUAGAGUUUGUGCUGCACUUGGGAACUCCUCCACCGGCGUUCACAGAGACUCACCACGAUACUACCUCCUGUACCCUUUACCUCCUGUCCUGGCUUCUCAUUAUACUUGACUCCUCACUCCUGUCCUCGGAGGGCGGAGAGGGAGGGGUGGACUUCUAUCCCUUCAACGGCGUCAUCUCGCCACCCCUUUUUUUUUGUAUCCAUCUCACAAUGAGCUCCACUACAUCCAUUACAUCCCUCUUCUCCUUCACGAGCCCGGCGGUGAAGCGCCUGCUCGGCUGGAAGCAAGGGGACGAGGAGGAGAAGUGGGCGGAAAAGGCCGUGGACUCUCUAGUGAAGAAACUAAAGAAGAAGAAAGGGGCAAUGGAGGAGUUGGAGAGAGCCCUCAGCUGUCCUGGGCAGCCCAGCAAGUGUGUGACGAUUCCUCGCUCGCUGGACGGGAGGCUGCAGGUGUCCCACAGGAAGGGGCUGCCCCAUGUCAUCUACUGCAGGGUGUGGCGCUGGCCCGACCUGCAGUCCCACCACGAGCUGAAAGCCCUGGACUGCUGCGAGUUUGCGUUCGGCUCCAAGCAGAAGGACAUCUGCAUCAACCCGUACCACUACAGGCGCGUGGAGACUCCAGUGCUGCCACCGGUUCUGGUCCCACGCCACAGCGAGUUCAACCCUCAACACAGUCUGCUGGCGAAGUUCAGGAACGCCUCCCUGCACAACGAGCCUCUGAUGCCCCAGAACGCCACCUACCCAGAGUCCUUCCCCACGCUGCCCUGCUCCUCCUUCUCCUCCUCCUCCCCUUCUUCCUCCCUCAUCCAGUCUCCCAUCUCACAGAGUUACCCCAACUCCCCCGACGGCUCCGCAGAGCCUGGUAGUCCGUAUCUGAUCACAGCGGAGACUCCGCCUCCUCCGUACAGCAUGAUGGAGACGAGCCCUGAAGAGGAUGUGAAGUCCAGCAACUCCACAGAAACCCUCAAACUCACAUUUUCCUCUCCGCACAGAGAUUUACGGCCGGUGUGCUAUGAGGAACCGGAGUACUGGUGUUCAGUAGCUUACUACGAGCUCAACAACCGGGUGGGGGAGACGUUCCACGCGUCGUCCCGCAGCGUCCUGGUGGACGGCUUCACAGACCCGUCCAACAACAAGAACCGCUUCUGCCUCGGCCUGCUGUCCAACGUCAACCGCAACUCCACCAUCGAACACACGCGCAGGCACAUCGGCAAAGGUUUACACCUGUACUAUGUGGGCGGCGAGGUGUACGCAGAGUGUCUGAGCGACAGCAGUAUCUUCGUCCAGAGCCGCAACUGUAAUUUCCAGCACGGCUUCCACACCACCACCGUGUGUAAGAUCCCCAGCGGCUGCAGCCUCAAGAUCUUCAACAACCAGCUGUUCGCCCAGCUCCUCUCCCAGUCGGUGAACCACGGCUUUGAGGUCGUCUACGAGCUCACCAAGAUGUGCACCAUUCGCAUGAGCUUCGUUAAGGGCUGGGGUGCUGAAUACCACCGUCAAGAUGUGACCAGCACCCCCUGCUGGAUCGAGGUACAUCUGCACGGGCCCCUGCAGUGGCUGGACAAGGUCCUCACACAGAUGGGGUCCCCCCACAACCCGAUUUCUUCAGUGUCAUAACAAAAGACACACGUCGGUGCUCCUCGAAGGUCGUCGUAGGGUCUGUGUGUUCUAUGUCCGGGUGUUCUGACCUCUGGGCCUUCUCAAAGAAAAAAAACGCUGUUACGGCUCUGUCGCAUCAUGCCACGUAAACUGAAGCACAUGAGUGAUGGAAUUUAAUUUACAGCUCAUAUCGUUAAAUGUCCCUGUGAUAAGGUAUUUAUCAUCUCUCUCGCUCUCUCGUCAUCGGGACAUUAACUGCACUCAAAGACAAACAAACUGGAUACAUUUGAAGGUACUCCAAUACUAGUGUUAUUACGUGUUGUAAAUGGUAUUACGGUUAUAUGUAUUCUAUUUCCAUGUUUGACUGCGUUUGCUUUUUACUUGUUCCAUUAAAGUUGUUUUAAGAAGAAAUAAUUUCUCAAUAUUAACUUAAUAAGAACUUUACUCUCGUACGCACAGCAGCAUAUACACUUCAACUUAAAAACACAAGAAUCACGUACAGUUAGGGACAGUUCAACAACAUAGCGAGCAUCAUCAAUAUGAAUCCCAUCAAACUCAAUGCGUGUUCCUUUUUUUUAUACCGUUAAUGUGGUUAACGACAAGUCGUGAAAGUCUGAGCUACAACAGGGCUCCAUGCAACGCACACACACACACACACACACACACACACCUCAAGUUGAGCUCACAGGAAGCUUCAGUUAAAUUGAGGCUUCGACAUCUGAAUCACUUUGACAAGACAAUCGCAAAUCCAAUACCUGCGGUAUUAUUAUUAUUUUCACAUCGAGACAGGGGACUAACUCAAAGAAUGGGAAAUAAAAUAAAAAGUCGAUUCACAAGUAAAAGUGAAGAGCAAUAGCACCAGACAUGCUCAGAAACUCAUGCCUUUAGGGGGAUUUGGAUUAGUUCACCUAGUUCUGUCCACUAGUCUCAACACACCUUUAAAACCAUAUAACCAGUUUAUAAAACCAAUAUGAUUACCAUGUUAUUUGUUUCUUCUUCUGCGUCCUGCUGGGGGGAAGUUGACAGUGCACGGUUACCAUCCAGUUACGCAUGACGUGCCAGUGUCUCUUCAGUGCUCUCUGUCCAAAAUACAAAGUAAAACACCGACGGGCC